CAGAUCAUAUAAAAUGCACAUGCUUCCCACUUGGGAAUCGCGAUUCUUCAAGUAAACUACUUCUUUCCUUAUAGUCCCUGGCCCCUUUCUAUAUUAUCACGCAGAACACCUGUGCUAAUGAACGUUGUGGAUUCCGCCCCGGUCGCAUCCAAGGAAAUCUACAGCCCAGAUGCCAAGGCUGACAUUGAUAUGCACUCUAAUGCAUCAACAAAGGCGGCCGACGAGGACGGGCACAUCAAGCGCACCAGCUCCUCGCUUGGCGCCUUUUUCAACAUGACCGGCCAGGUCCUGGGAUCCGGCUCCCUCCAGCUUCCCUAUGUCUUGGCACGCGGCGGCUGGAUCGGCCUCAUUGUCAUGGGCAUCUGCGGUCUGAUCGCCGUAUUCAGCGCCAUCAUCACCAUCCGCUGUCUGCACGCCGUGCCCGGCAAGCGUCUUCUCGGAUUUGUCGACAUUGGCCAGGCCAGCUUCGGCAAGCCAGGCCGGUAUUUCGCGUAUUUCUUCCACGCCCUGUACUGCUUCGGCACGUGCUGCCUGUACAUUAUCCUGUCUGGCACAACGAUCCACACGCUGCUGGUGCCGACGGGCGUUACGCUGGAUAAGAAGUUCUGGAUGUUCAUCUGCACCUUCAUCAUGUGGGUGCCAUACGUCUGCCUGAAGCAAAUGGCUGAGACGGCCAUUAUCAGCAUGUUUGGGCUCCUUAGCAGUAUCGUCGUGGUCUUGAUCGCUGUCGGCAUUGCCUUCCACAAGCCGUAUUUGGCCCAGGGCCCCAUUCCCACCGAUAACCCGCACGCUGUUGUCGACGGCACAACGAUCACACACAUGUUUGUGCACUGGGGCGGUGUACCCACUGCCCUGGCUACCUUCUCGUUUGCCUUCGCUGGCAAUGCCAUCUAUCCGUAUAUCGAGGGCAGCAUGCGUACACCGCGCCACUGGCCGUACGUGUCGGUGUGUGCUAUGGUUGUGAUCACAAGCUUCUACAUGCUCUGUGGCGCCGCUGGAUAUCACGCCUACGGACAUCUUACGGUCUCGCCGAUGCUUGACAACUUGCCGCGUGGCGCCGCGAGUGUAGCCGCCCAGAUUCUGAUCGUCAUACAUGUAAUCGUCGCCGUGCCCGUGCUCAUGACGUCCUUGUCGAUGGAGAUUGAGAAGUCGUUUAAGAUUACGCCGCAGUACAUGGGCAAGUGGAAGGAGCGGAUUGCACGUACUGGCUCGCGCACCCUGCUGAUCGGUGCGCUCAUGGGUGUCUCUAUGGCCAUCCCGUAUUUUUCAGAAGUUAUGACCCUUGUUGGCGCCUUGUCCACCGGAUGCGUGUUCUUGAUCGAGCCCAUUCUGUUCUACUGGAAACUGUAUGGUUUUAAGCGGAUUCCCUGGUGGCAGCACAUCGUUGGCGUCGUUAUGCUUUGUCUAGGUCUCCUAGCCAUGGUGCUGGGCACCAAGGACGGCGCUAUUGCUCUCAGGGAUGCUAUUAAUGCCGACAAGAGCAACUGAUAUUCCUCUGCAAAUUCAUACACAUUUC